GUAAAUACAAACAACUAUCUCCUGACACACAAUAUGAACAUGAACUGAGCUAUUACUGUAAAUUUAUCAAUCCUCGCUGUACGGUACUCACACACACCCACCCGGGUAUCUGUGUGUGAAACUUCCCUGCACCAUCACCUGUAUUACCCACCAAGCAAUUUGAUUAUUUUCUUUUUAAAAAAAAAUCAAAUUUUGAGACGAAAUUUUAUUCAAAAAUCUCUAUAAUCAACUCCAAAUACAGAACAAAAAAAUAUUGUACUAAUAAUGUAAAACUCAAAAUAUAAAAAACACAGCGCUUAUCAAGAUUUUUUUCCACCCCAAGGCAUCCCAUGUGAGGCAGCCCCCCAUUCUAUAAAAUCCCCCAACAAUCUUCUUCCUUCUCAAAAUCAAUAAACACGCUAUUUCAGCCAAGCCACAGCUUCAAAAAACGAAGAAGCUAGAAGAAGAAGAAGCACGAGCUUGACUGAAAAUGGAGUCGGAAAAUCAAGAAAAAACUUGUGCGACGCAGAGAGUGAGGGGCUGGUUUAAGGCCUGUUUGGACAAGAUCGUGAACGCGAUAACCGGCGUCGGCAAAGAAGCCAAGAGAUUAGCCAAGGAAGAUCCCAGAAGAGUCGUUCACGCAUUCAAAGUCGGAUUAGCCAUAGCCGCGAUCUCUCUGCUCUACUACUUCGACUUCUUCUUCGACGGAUUCGGCGUCAACGCAAUGUGGGCCGUCAUGACCGUCGUCGUCGUCUUCGAAUUCUCCGUCGGAGCGACGCUUGGAAAAGGAGUGAACAGAGCGAUCGCGACGCUGCUCGGCGGAGCGCUGGGCGUCGGGACGCACGAUUUGGCGAAUCUGACGCCGGAGAAAGUGGAGGUCGUUUUGAUCGGGCUGUCUGUCUGCGUCAUAGCUGCGACGGCGACGUUUUGCCGAUUCUUCCCGAAGAUUAGGGCGAGAUACGAUUAUGGGUUUCUGGUGUUCAUCCUGACGUUCAGUCUGAUAUCGGUGUCGGGCUACCGCGACGACGUCGUUUUCGACAUGGCGUACCGGAGACUGACCACCAUCUUGAUCGGCGGCUGCGUCGCGGUUUUGGUCUGCAUAUUUGUGCGCCCCGUUUGGGCAGGCCAAGAUCUUCAUAGGCACACCGCCGCCAACAUUGAGAAACUUGCCAGUUACUUGGAAGCUUUUGGGCGUGCAUACUUCCAAGAAUCAAACGACAAAAAGCUAGCAUCACUCAAAGAUUUCAAAAGUGUGCUCAUCUCCAAAGGCACCGAGGACUCAUUGGUGAAUUUCGCGCGGUGGGAGCCAAGGCACGGCAAGUUCCGGUACCGGCACCCGUGGAACCAGUACCUGAAGAUCGGGUCGGUGACGAGAGAAUGCGCCUACAAGAUGGAUGCAUUGAACUGCUACCUCAACUCGGAGGUGCAGACGCCAUUAGAGCUGCGGACAAAGAUCCAAGACUUGUGCACCAAGAUCAGCUCCGAAUGCAGCUUAGCUCUCACAGACGUCGCCAUCGGGCUUCGGACCAUGACCUGCCCCUUGUCCAGCGAGAAGCACAUCGCCGACGCCAAGGCCGCGGCCAAGACGCUCAAGGCCCUGCUCAAGACCGGCCUCUGGCCCGACACCGAUUUCCUCGACAUCAUCCCGGUGGUGACGGUGGCGUCGCUGCUCAUCGAGAUCGUCGCGUGCACGGUGAAGGUAGCGGACUCCGUGGACGUGCUGGCGACGAAGGUCAAGUUCAAGAAGCCCGACCCGGAGAUGAACAGGCAGAAGAGCAGGGAGAAGGUGAAGAGGAGCCCAAGUAUUGAGGCAUCGCAUAGUGUCAACAUUGUGUUUGAGUGAUUAAUUAGCUAUGUGAUGGAAAAUAAAACAAAGAAUCAUCCGUCACUUUGCAUAGUACAUGUGAAAAUUUUGGAUCUCCUUUUUGUUCCCCAUUCUGGUGGGGUUUUAGUGCAACAAUCUUUGUUGUCA